AUGGUUCAGUCGGACCCAGAGUUAGAAAAGAAAACGUAUCAUGUUAAGGAAAAAGAUUAUUUUUAUAAUCACCAACUGAAGAACAUGUUCCAGCCGGACCCAGAGUUAGAAAAGAAAGUGUAUCAUGUUAAGGAAAAAGAAUAUUUUUGUAAUCUCCUUCUAAAGAACAUGUUCCAGCCGGACCAAGAGUUAGAAAAGAAAGUGUAUCAUGUUAAGGAAAAAGAAUAUUUUCAUAAUCAUCAACUGAAGAACAUGGUUCAGUCGGACCCAGAAUUAGAAAAGAAAGUGUAUCAUGUUAAGGAAAAAGAAUAUUUUUAUAAUCACCAACUGAACAACAUGUUUCAGUCGGACCUAGAGUUAGAAAAGAAAGUGUAUCAUGUUAAGGAAAAAGAAUAUUUUUGUAAUCUCCUUCUAAAGAACAUGUUCCAGCCGGACCCAGAGUUAGAAAAGAAAGUGUAUCGUGUUAAGGAAAAAGAAUAUUUUUAUAAUCAUCAACUGAAGAACAUGGUUCAGUCGGACCCAGAAUUAGAAAAGAAAGUGUAUCAUGUUAAGGAAAAAGAAUAUUUUUAUAAUCAAUGUUGCAUCUGA